GUCGGAAUUAAAACUUUUGGCGGGUUUUCAUCUUGGGGCGGAAGGGAAAAAGUUGCAAUCCAGAAAAAGAAGAAUUUUUCUCUAAGUCUUCCCUGGUCUUGUGAAAGAAUGGAGGGCGAUGAUGACUUAGACCUCUUAACUUCCCUCUUAGAGGAGAGCGACGCAGAAGAGGAUUCUUCAGAGAAGGAAAGAGCAGCUGGCCAUCAGGAUGAGUACGAUUUACUCUUUGAGGCAGAAGACGAUGCGUCUUACACCGAGGAGGUGGAAGAGGAAGAAGAGGCGGGGUCCUCUGCCAGCCAGGAAAAUGUGGCUGAGCUCUUUGGGGAUGUGACUGACCUUUUGGAGGAAGAGAAGAAAGAAAAACACGUUCAGAAGACAUCCCGUCCUGUGGCGCCUGAUCGAGUGAAAGAACCUUCCAAGGAAGAUCUGCAAGAUGAGUUGAGAAAAUUGCAGGAGCAGAUGAAAAAAUUGCAAGAGCAGUUGGGGAGGACGGGGAUAGGGCAGCCCCCUGAGCCUGACGAUCCCUGCAAGAAAACACCUGGUCAAUCAAACGGUGCUGUCAUUAAGGAAAGGACUCCGUCCAAGGUACAGAAAUCUCCAUCUUUCUCAGCCCAGCUGAUCAGUCCUGCUUUACCGCUGUCAAAAAGCCCGUUCCAGAAAUCGAAAUCUAUGAUUGCAGUGAAUAAGAACCACGCUUCAAAAGCUACACCUAGUCUGCUCUCUCAGCCACUUACAUCUGUGCCUGGAAACAGACCCGCUGAGGAUUCCAGUAAGAAAAUUCCAGUAACAAAAAAUUCCGAGGUCAAAAAUCAAAACGUUUCCAUGGAAAUCUACUCUGGAUUGAAACUAAGAAAACCUCGGGUCUCUUCGGCCGAGAUGGAAAGGAAAAUGACUGGACGGAAGCUGAUCAGGCUGUCUCAAGUACAAGACAAACUCCGUUCGGCAAAUCUUGAAGAAAUGGAUUGGGUCACCUUUGGCGUCAUAAUAAAGAAAAUGACUCCCCAAAGCAGCAACAAUGGUAAAACCUUCAGCAUCUGGCACCUGAAUGACCUACGUGACUUCAACAGGUCCGUCUCCCUCUUCCUGUUUGGGGACGUUCACAAAGAGCACUGGAAGACCGACCAAGGCAUGGUCGUAGGCCUCCUCAACGCUAACCAGAUGAAGCCCAAGGAAGGAUCAGAGGAGGUGUGUCUAUCCGUCGAUCAUCCUCAAAAGAUCCUGAUUUUGGGGGAAUCCAUGGACUUGGGGACUUGUAAAGCCAGGAAGAAAAAUGGGGAGCCUUGUACUCAGAUGGUUAAUCAGAGCGAGUGUGAAUAUUGUCACUAUCACAUACAGUCCGAGUACCGAAAACGGAGCUCGAAGCGAGCAGAUCUGCAGUCCACGUUCUCCACCACCCGAGCACCGAAACGGACAGCAAAGCGGAACCUUGGCUUGAAAGAGAAGCUCUGUCAAGGCGGUUUUUACUACGGGGGGGUUUCCUCGGCGGCUUACGCUGCCUCUGUGGCUGCAGCUGCCGUUCCCAAAAGGAAAGUCCAAACGACGUUGACAAACCUGGUUGUGAGAGGAGUGGAUGCGAUCGUGCAGGAAACCAAAGACAAACUGGGUCUGGCAAAGCCCCCCUGCUCAGAAGAAUUCCAGGAGCUCUUGGCGGUGCCCUCGGCGGGAGCCCGGAACCUCAACCAACACUUCACCCGAAGGGGGGCGCUAGGGUCUACAGGGAAGGCAACCCCAGCUAUCCACUCCGUCUCUCCUUCAGCUUUGCUGAAUCUACAGAAACAGCAAAUGUUGGCGGCCCGGAAGCGAAGAUCUGACGAAAUCCAGAGGAGAUUUCUUCAGGACCCUGCUGUUAAAAAGACCCCUGCCCCAUCCUCUUCUGUGGGGCAGGCUGGGCUGAAGUCCCCAACUCCAGCAGCCGAGUUUCCUAAAGCUGGACAAUUGUCCAGCCCACAAACCCCCAGACUGGGUUCGGGUCUCUCUGAAGGGGACGACGUUCUGUUCUUUGACGAUUGCCCCCCUCUGGCCCCCAAACUCAACUGCUUGGCAGAAGCCAAAAAGAUGGCAGCAAUCAAGAAACUGCAUGCAAAAGGCCAGAUUCUUCCCAAAGUGGAUCCCAACAGCAUCAAACGGAAACGAUCAGAUUUUGACGUUCCGAGCAUUUCUGAAAGAGUGGAGAAAAAUAUUGCUGAUUCAGAAGAAGGGAGAGCAUUAGAGCCCGUGGAAAAGAAACGGCGCCAGCAGCUCGAAUACCUGGAAUCGGCGGAGUUUCAGGAGAUCCUGAAUGCACGCUCGAAACACAACGGCGUCCUUAAAGAGUUUGAAGCUGAGAUGCAAGAACGAUACUUCGAGCCUCUGGUGAAAAAAGAACAAAUGGAAGAGAAGAUGAGGAACAUCCGAGAAGUAAAAUGUCGGGUGGCAACAUGCAAAACGGUAAGCCAAACUCAUAAAUUAUCGGUCUAA